AGCGACCUACCUAAUUUUAUUGUAGAAAUUUUCAGAAUCAAUGGUUGGGCCAUGCAAACUAGAAAGACCUUUUCUUGGAUAAAGAAAGAGAUUACUCGUUCCAUUUCCGCAUCACUCAUGAUAUAUAUAAUAACUUGGGCAUCUAUUUCAAACGCAUAUCCCAUAUUUGCACAGCAGGGUUAUGAAAAUCCACGCGAAGCAACUGGCCGUAUUGUAUGCGCCAAUUGUCAUUUAGCUAAUAAACCCGUGGAUAUUGAAGUUCCACAAGCGGUACUUCCUGAUACUGUAUUUGAAGCAGUUGUUCGAAUUCCUUAUGAUAUGCAAUUGAAACAAGUUCUUGCUAAUGGUAAAAAGGGCGCUUUGAAUGUGGGGGCUGUUCUUAUUUUACCCGAGGGGUUUGAAUUAGCCCCUACUAAUCGUAUUUCGCCAGAGAUGAAAGAAAAGAUAGGAAAUCUAUCUUUUCAGAGUUAUCGUCCCACAAAAAAAAAUAUUCUUGUGAUAGGUCCUGUUCCUGGUCAGAAAUAUAGUGAAAUUACCUUUCUUAUUCUUUCUCCAGACCCCGCUACCAAGAAAGAUGUUCCUUUUUUAAAAUAUCCCAUAUAUGUAGGCGGAAACAGGGGAAGGGGUCAGAUUUAUCCCGACGGAAGCAAGAGUAACAAUACGGUUUAUAAUGCUACAGUAGCCGGUAUAGUAAGCAAAAUCAUACGAAAAGAAAAAGGAGGGUACGAAAUAACCAUAACGGAUGCGUCAGAGGGACGUCAAGUGAUUGAUAUUAUACCUCGAGGACCAGAACUUCUUGUUUCAGAAGGCGAAUCCGUCAAACUUGAUCAAUCAUUAACGAGUAAUCCGAAUGUAGGUGGAUUUGGUCAAGGGGAUUCAGAACUAGUACUUCAAGACCCAUUACGUGUCCAAGGCCUUUUGUUCUUUUUGGCAUCGGUUAUUUUGGCACAAAUAUUUUUGGUUCUUAAAAAGAAACAGUUUGAGAAGGUUCAAUUGUCCGAAAUGAAUUUCUAGAUCUGUAAAUUUAUUAACAUCAAGUUCUUAAAACGAAUAAAAGUUGGUAAUUAGUAAUUAUAUUAUAUAUGAUAAAAAAAUUGAGGAGCUCUUUACUUUUUAAAAAUUGUUUUCUACCAGACCAGAUUUUGGAAAUUAUUUGUACCACAUUUCUAGUCAUAAUAUGUAUAUUGGUAAGAAGACUCUUUGAAUGUAUCCCCUUUUUUGUGUUUUUUUAAUCUCAUUUUUAGAGUCUAAAUAAAAUUAUCAAAUAAAAGGGGGAGCCGUGCGAUUAUCUUAUUAUUUUAUUGUCAGAUUUAACUACCAUAGGGUGGAUCAAUAGCUUUUUUCUAUUCUAAUAGAAUCCAAUUUGACUAGAUACUAAGCAUAAGAAUAAGAUAAGUAAGCGUAAAAGCAAAGGCUAAA